CCGCCGCUUGAUCGGAGUGCUUUUUUUUUUUUUUUUUUUUUGAAUAGUUGCUGCGGGUGAAUGCCGUUUGUCGUGUGGUCGGGUGCCAUAGCAACGGCUGGUGAGAAACAUACAGCCCAGGUCGGUUUGACGCGCUCGGUGUUGGAUGACAGCUGCGUUCAUGCGGACAAUCCGCUCAGUCGCAACUCCUGCCGCCGCCGCCGCCGCGUCUCGCCGCUGUCUGGAGCCGAUCGGAGCAACAGAAAAAAACAAAAAAAACAAAACAAAAAAAGAAAUCCGCCGAGAGGGCUUUACAACAAGUAGCUGCGGAUUCAUCGAGAGCGACAGAGGCAUGCCACUCAUCUGGAGACACGCAUGAUUCAGUACACGCUCGACAGCCCGAGGGCCGGGAAGGACUGUAAAGCGAGGGUCGGCGCCGACGCGCGUCCCCCCGCUCUUUAUUUCUCUCCUUCUGUCUCACGUUCAGCCGCCGUGGCCCCGGUGCGGCUGGCGCGUCUCCCGGCUGCAUCAGCGCCUGUUGCUCCCCAUGCGCGGCCAAUGCCAGGAUAUUAAUUCUCCCUGAGAUGAGCCGUCUCCGCCUCCCUCCCCCUUCGCUCUCCAAAGUCCAUGUCCACUGUUGUCAUCCAUUCCAGCAGCGAGAGGUGCAGCCGCCUUGUACGUCUUGGUCUUUUUUCCCCCCCGUUCCCUUAACGCGAACAGCUCUGUCUGCUCUCAGUGAAAAAUAAACAUGUUGGCGGCUGUGUCUAAAGACAACGCAUCUGGUGAGAGAAUGAAUGCUGAUGAAUGUAAUGGACGCUCAUAUCCACAAGGUAAUGGAGGAGAUUCAUUGGCAGAACAGGAUUUUUAUGCUGGGUUGCGGGCCACUUCUGCAAGAUCUCCUAACAGCCAGCAGUCCUCGCCACACCGCUCCCUAAGUGACUCCAUUAAGGUUGAGCUGUGCAGCGAUGAAGAGUCUUCAGGUGCCCGACAGUCUGAGAACAAAGACGCCGUGAGGAGCGACGGUGGGAGAGAUGACAAAGUGGGCCCUGCCGAGGAAGGAGGCGCCCCGUUUGCCGGACCGGGAGGAGACGCAGGAAACAUUUACAACGAGAUGGCCACUCCUAACUCUGCCUCGCCCGGCCCUAUCCGGCUGCCCAACGGGAAGCUGCAGUGUGAGGUGUGCGGGAUGGUCUGCAUCGGACCCAACGUGCUGAUGGUCCACAAGCGCAGCCACACAGGUGAGCGUCCGUUUCAGUGCAACCAGUGCGGGGCCUCCUUCACCCAGAAGGGCAACCUGCUGCGCCACAUCAAACUUCAUUCAGGAGAAAAGCCUUUCAAGUGUCCCGUUUGCAACUACGCCUGCCGUCGGAGAGACGCUCUCGCCGGUCAUCUGCGCACUCACGCAGUUUCUUCUCCGACGGUGGGAAAGCCUUUCAAGUGCAGCUACUGCAGUCGCAGCUAUAAGCAACAGAGCACACUGGAGGAACAUCUGGAGCGCUGCCAUAGUUACAUGAAGACUCUGGACUCUGCACAGAUGCCACCGGGCGAAGAGUCGGUGAAUCUGGAGGCCAUCAAUAAACCUGCGCUGCAGCCGUCCAACGAGAAAAGGCCGUUUGUGGACAGACUGACUGUCAGCAUAACCAAACGCAAGAGGUCGACGCCACAGAAGUUUUUGGGAGAGAAGCACAUGCACCUUGAACCACCAGAAGCACCUUACGAACUGUCCUCUGGCUCUGAAAAGGAAGGGGAUCUCCUGAGCUCCCAUUCUGCCGGAGACCCGUCCGGUCUGGUCAGCUCUCACCUCCACUUUGCGAGAGGCAAAGUCGAGAACCACGAGCCGCCCUCGCUGCCUCAGCUCCACGCCGGCUUCAUGACGGACCUGCGGACCGCUGUGGGUGCUCUCAACAGCGGCGCGGCUCCUCAGGGCCCCCGGGCCAGUAGCGGAGUCGGGCUCGCGGCGAUUCCGCUGGGCCUCCUCGGGCGGGACGCCGGCGAAGGCCGUGACGAGCAUCCCUCGGCCCACAGCCACACCGCCUCGCCCAACGGCUGCCCCGACUCCACGGACACAGAGAGCACGGCGGAGGAGCAGAGCACAAGGGCUACGGCCCCUACGAGUACCUCCAACAACCAUCACCUCCACUACCUGACCCCAGCACUGCCCCGCGCCCAUCCCACCGCCAGCCCCAGCCAGGCCAAAGACUUGGACGCAGAGUGGGAGAGAGGGGGUCCGGUGCCUCCGGGCGUCGUAAAAAGGAACCCGGGCUCGCCUCGCUCGUCCAGAAACAGUUGGCAGGUGUUAGACAGGGCUGGCAGGCCCGUGCGCUCCUUCUACUGCCGGCACUGCUGCAUCCUCUUCCUCGACCACGUCAUGUACACCAUCCACAUGGGCUGCCACGGCUUCCGCCAGCCGUUCGAGUGCAACAUCUGCGGCCACCCCAGCCAGGACCGCUACGAGUUCUCCUCUCACAUCAGCCGCGGCGAGCACCAGGUGGGCUGA